GAUGCUGCCGGCCCGCGCCCCGCGCCCUCCGCGCCUGAGAUGGAGGCCCCCCGCCCGGCGGGCCCUGCCGUUGGGCUGCUCCCGGGCCAGGGCAGGCAGGCGGCGGCGGCGGCGGCGGCGGCGGGUCGCGUGGAGGGCAAAGGGGUGGCCGUCCGGGGCCUCCUGUGGCUGGCCCUGACCCGGGAGCUGAAGCGGCCCUGCCCGGAGGCGGAGGGCUCGGCCGAGCGGCGGCCGCGGGGAGAGCCCGGCACCCUCCGGCGCGGGCCCGUCGGCCGGCUGGCUCGGGACUACGUGGUGCCCUGCCUGGCUCGCUACGGCCUCUGCGUGAAGGACGCCUUCCUCGGGGAGGCGCUGGGCGGGCAGAUCCUGGCGCAAGUGGAGGGCCUGCACCGCGGCGGCAAGUUCCAGGACGGGCAGCUGGCGCUUCGCAGAGCGGGGCCCGCCCGCCGCAUCCGCGGGGACCAGGUCGCCUGGGUGGAGGGCCGGGAGCCCGGCUGCCGAGCCAUCGGCGCCCUCAUGGCCCGCCUGGACGAGCUCAUCCUGCAGUGCGCCGGGCAGCUGGGCGGCUACGAGAUCAACGGCCGGACGAAGGCCAUGGUGGCAUGUUACCCUGGCAAUGGCCUGGGCUACGUGCGGCAUGUGGACAACCCCCACGGAGACGGGCGCUGCGUCACCUGCAUCUACUACCUGAACCAGAAGUGGGACAGCAAGGUGCACGGGGGCCUCCUGCAGAUCUUCCCAGAGGGCCGCUCGGUUGUGGCCAACAUCGAUCCCAUCUUUGACCGGCUGCUGAUCUUCUGGUCCGACCAGCGCAACCCACACCAAGUGAAGCCGGCCUUCGCUACCAGGUAUGCCAUCACGGUCUGGUACUUCGAUGCCAAGGAGCGGGCCAGAGCCAAGGAGGCACACCAACGGGCUUCUGCUAGAAAGGAAGGAGCCUCUUCUGGGACUGAUGGCCCCACGUGACGGGCGGAAGACGUUGCCGUGGGAACCUGGCUGGCAAGGUCCGCCCCUCCUUUGGCCCUCCCAGCUGCCUGAGGAUGCUGCCCCUGCUGGGCUGGGACACCCCAAUGCAGGGAGGGGGUCUUGGGGGAAAGAGGGGUCCUGGGGUGCAGAGAGGAACCCUACCUACGUGCUGGGGUCUGUGGGUUUUGCCCUAUGAUGUGCAGCUGUGCUCUGGCCAGUCCGUAAAUGCAGCUCCACUUUGCACAUGGGGCGCUAUGGGGUACCCCCUGGCAGCCCCCUCCUGCUGCUGCCCCUCUGUGGACGGGGAGACAGAGACAGAGGGCGGGGGGGACGGACUGUGCAAUAAAGAUACCUCAUUCGGAAAGGCUCCUGGCUGAUCUCUUGGGGAGACGGGGGGCUUGACAGGCAACCCAGCCUGAGGUGCCCCAGCUGCGUUCCCAUGACUGCUGUGCACUCAGGAUGCCCCAUUGCUG